AUGGCGGCACUUUGCGGAAUUCCCAACGGCGAAUAUGUGAGGCUUGUGGAUGUCUUGUCCACGGUGAAGCUCAACAGCGAGCCCGUCCAAAAAGCACAUCGAGUAAUCCUGAAUGCUCCGCCAAAUGCAAAACAUGACGAGUUCAUCGCAUCCAGCAACGCCCAAAGGAUUGAUCAGAAACUACUUGAUCGCUUUGCGCAGUUGACCGGUCGUAAGCCUCAUCGCUACCUGAGACGUGGUAUUGUCUUUUCACACCGAGAUCUUCAUCUCAUCCUCGAUCGGUAUCAGAGCGGUCUGCCAAUAUAUCUCUUUACCGGCCGAGGCCCUAGCAGCGACAGCCUGCAUCUUGGACACUCGAUCCCGUUCGAGUUUACUAAAUGGCUUCAAGAGACUCUUGGGGCCAAACUUAUUCUCAUGCUCACCGACGACAUGAAGAUUCUCCAUGACAAGGACCUGCCCAUUCAACAUGUUCGCAAGUAUGACAUUGCAAAUGCCACCGACAUUUUGGCUUUUGGCUUUGACCUCCCAAAGACGUUCAUGUUUUCGAAUAUGGAUUACGUCGGCGGCGCGUUCUAUCAAAAUAUUAUUUCAAUUGCUCGUCACAUCACCGUCAGCAGUAUCAAGGAAGCGCUGGGGUUCACCGACGACGACAAUGUUGGCAUGUUCUACUGCUGCUCUACGCAGUCGGCAGGUUGUUUUGCAUCGUCCUUCCCAGGCAUCCUGACUGCCAACAAGUCGAGCUUGAGAACUAUCCCGUGCCUCAUCCCGUGUUCGUAUGACAUUGACGGAUAUUUUGCCGAGGUACGCAAGCACGCGGGGAAGAUGGGAGAGCUUCCGCCUUCGUUUCUCUAUUCGAGCUUGCUGCCUUCUCUGCAGGGAGGAGGCCAGAAAAUGUCGGCUUCCGUAAAAACCUCAGCUAUCUAUCUGACGGAUGAGCCUGACGUGGUACGGGAAAAAAUUCAUGCAGCGUUUCCAAUUGGACAGAACAGUAUGGACGUGGCUCUUGAAUGGCUGCGAUUCUUCCUUGAAGAUGAUGAGGAGUUGGCCACAAUUCAAAGGAAACACCAUGCUCAUCAGCUGCUUAGCGUUGAGCUACGUGAGAUUCUCGUCGAGGUCAUUAUCGAGACUGUCACCAGAUUCAAGACGAAUCGCCAACAAAUCUCAAACGACGUGCUCAAAGCGUUCAUGACCCCACGUCUACUUGAAUGA